AUGUUUUUUCCAUUAUUACGAAAUAUAUUCAUUAUUGAAAUUUUCAAGAAUUGGUUGGGCAACGGAAAUUGGGCGAUGCGUCGUGACACUCACUGCCCUUUGCAUAUUUACUACGGUGAACAUGAAUUGAAUGCUGAUCAACUUAUAUCCAUUAGUCAAACAAUUAAACCUAAAUUCGAACUCAGACUCCAGAAUGAUGCUGGGGAAAGUCGAAAUUUUGUUUUCCAACCGAACCAGGAGUUAGUGGACACUUCUGCCAAGGUUGACAUACCAUGCCAUUUCGAAGUUUUAAGUAGUACCGGUGAGCACAGUGCUAUGAGCACUUGUUCGGUAUCACUUUUCGGGGGAUUAUUCACUAUAAAUGAUCGGCGAUUUGUGCUAGAAGCGGAUUCGAAUGCAUCGUUUUAUUUCGUUCCAUUAUCUGAUCAUUCCUGUGACUGGAGACCAAGAAAUAAGCGUUCUGUUGGUGGAUCUCAUACAGCUGAAUACUAUGCACAAUUUUUGGAUGGACGUUGGCGUUACGUGGAGUUAGCACUUGUGGCGGAUAAAUUAGUGUUUGAGAGACAUCAUAGCAACGUAACCGAAGUUAUGCAAAGACUUAAUGCUAUCACCAACUACAUUAAUUCGUUAUACCUGCCGAUUAAUAUUCGAGUAGUUCUUGUUUGGGCUGAUGUAUGGACAAACGGUAAUCCAGUUGAUGUUACAUCAAAUUCUGAUACAACACUAUGGAAUUUCCUGAAUUGGCGAAAAGGAUUGUUGAAGGAUCAUCCACACGAUAAUGCACAUUUACUUACUGGAGUUGCAUUUGACAACAAUGUUGUUGGCAAGGCUUUCAAAGGUACGAUGUGUUCUUAUGAUUUCUCUGGUGGAGUCGAUAUGGAUCACAGUGAUCAGGCUGCAUUUGUUGCUGCUACCGUUGCACACGAAUUGGGGCAUAAUUUUGGGAUGGAGCAUGAUAUCGAUGAAGUGGAAUGCCGUUGUCCAGCCAAAUCAUGUAUUAUGUCACCAUCUACCGGCAUUAGUCGUCCAACCUUCUGGUCAGAAUGCAGUAUGCGUGCAUUACAGCACAGUUUUUCACGUGGAGUGGAUUACUGCUUGCGUAAUUCUCCUGAAAGUGUAUUUGGUGGUGCACGUUGUGGCAAUGGAAUUGUAGAAUCUGGUGAAGAAUGUGACUGUGGAACACCGAGCGCUUGUAUCAACAAAUGCUGUAAUCCAGCUACAUGUCAGUUAGCGGAAGCGGCCGUUUGCGCCAGUGGCGAAUGUUGUGAUUUGAAUACAUGCCAGAUGUUGCCAGCUACUACCAUUUGUCGUCAGGCAACCAACGAAUGCGAUUUACCAGAAUACUGUGAUGGACAAAUGGAACAUUGUCCAGCAGAUUUCUUUGUGCAGGAUGGUCUUGAAUGCCCGAAUCAUGCUAAUGAUUAUUGUUAUAAUGGUUAUUGUGGAAGUCGUGAUGCCCAGUGUCAACAUAUUUGGGGACCAACUGGGAAAAAUGCAGCACCAGCAUGUUAUAAUUUGAAUUUAUAUGGAAGCAAUGGUGGAAAUUGUGGCUUUCUGCAUGAAACGAAUCGUUUUGUGCCAUGUGAUAAAAAUAACAUUAAAUGUGGGCGAUUACACUGUAUCCAUGAGAAUGAGAAACUGGCUUUUGGUGAUCCAUCAACCGUUUACACAUCGUACACUGGUUUGCGAUUGAGUAGUGGUGAAGAUGUUGCAUGUAGAGUGGUUUGGACAAAAUAUAUGAGUGGUCGAAAAGAAUCUGACCCUGGAAUGGUUCCGGAUGGUGCAUCCUGUGGCCAAGAUGAAAUGUGCGUUGACGCAAAGUGUCAGAAUCGAACUGCGAAAGUACUAAUGGCGCCAAAAUGUGAACCAGCAUCGUGUAAUAAUGCAGGAAUCUGUAAUAAUAUGGGUAAUUGUCACUGUGAUCCAGGUUAUGGCGGACCGUCCUGUGCUAUACCCGGCCCUGGUGGGUCGGUAAAUAGCGGUCCUGCUGUUGAGGGUGGUGUCAUUCAUGUAGGCUUCGUGGUAUUUUGGCUUCUUCUGAUAUUAACUAUUGCAUUUAUUGGCACUUCAGUUGUCGUGAAACGAAAAAGGAACUUCUGGCUUCAUAAAGAAAUUUGGGAAAAAUUGAAGAAGGCAUUGAAGAUUGAGAAGCUUCUGGUACCAAUCCGGAAAGCGCCGCCACCUCCACGACUAAGUACGGCUGAUCUGAAUUUAGUGUGGGGUGAUACUGCAUCAGAUGCUUUACGUGUACGCAACUAUCAGCAGCCCCUUCCACCCAGUAUUAGUCCACCAAUUGUCCCAUCCACUACUUUGACUUUGCUAUCGAUGAAACCAACUGCUAUUGCACAUCGUAAUUCAAUGAGACCAACCACUGCUCCUCCUAAAGUACCACAACGACCACGAAGUGAAGCUUUACAAGCGCUGUAUGCAGAGAAAGGCGAUGAACUCAGUAUGAAUCUAACAAAGCAAACAUCACCGAUGUAUUGCGUUCCACCGGAAGCUGAUGCAAUAAAAAUGACCAGGACAGAAAGUUUUAGGCCCGUGUAUGCACCACCGCCGCCACCUCAUCAUAACCAGGCUACAAGUAAUGGUGCAUCCGGUUACAAAGAUAAGCCAUUGUUGGCUGCAAAAUCUACGAAUGUAAAGGAUAUUGUCGCACGUUUUGAUCCGACAAAAUCUCAUGAGAACAGCUUCGCUGAAACAUUCCAGAGUUGAUUCACUUUUUUGAAGCGUUUCUAGAAACGCAUUAUUGUGGAAUACUUCGAUCUUUUCCUAUUUAUGAAAUAUCACUCAAAUUUAAUGGACGAGAAGAAGGCAUUCGCACCCUUUAUCAUCUUUAUUAGUAAG